UCCCCACCAAAAAGCACUUCACCUCCUAAGUUGAUAAUGCUUGAUAUGGAGACUAAAGGUGACGCUUCUGCCGCUAUCAUUUAUGCUUCUCCGGCCUCUUCUCCUCCACCACAGCGUGUGGUGCUUAGCCCAUGCGCCGCUUGCAAAAUCCUGAGGCGGCGUUGCGGAGAGAAGUGCGUUUUGGCACCGUACUUUCCUCCAACGGAGCCAGCCAAGUUCAGCAUCGCCCACCGUGUAUUUGGAGCCAGCAAUAUCAUUAAGCUCUUGCAGGAACUUCCCGAAUCACAAAGAACUGAUGCAGUGAAAAGUUUGGUGUAUGAAGCCGAAGCCAGAAUUAGAGAUCCGGUGUAUGGCUCUGCAGGUGCGAUAUACAAUCUACAAAGACAAGUGAGUGAACUCCAAGCAGAGCUUGCAAAAGCUCAAGUGGAGAUAGUGAGCAUGCAGUUUCAAAGAUCAAAUUUACUAGAAUUGAUUAACAACAUGGACCAACCAAACCAAGACCAACACAAGAUGAUGGCCUUUGAGAGUUCCUUGGGAAACUGUGAGCAUGAUGAAUUCAUUAGCAGCUCAGACGAAGAGAGCAAUGAUUUUGGAUUCCUUGAAGACAAAUACUUCAACACCAACUCAUUGAUGUUGUGGUGUGAUCCUCUUCUGAUGUGAUAUUAACUAUAUGAUUUUGACUAGUUCCCUUCAAAACCCUACUAUAUCAAGUUACUCAGGGUUAGUUAGCAAUUUAGCAUACUGCCUACACAUGUUAGAGAGACAAUGAAAUGUAAUAAAUAUACGGUGAAUUUUUCGGAAGAAUUAUUAUGUCAAGAAGGUUAUAUUUUACAGGCAAUUUAAAUUUUAUUUCUU